AUGAACGAAACACCCGUUAGGAGACCGAUUACAGCAAAAACGUUUUAUAUUUCUUUCGGGUUGCUCGUUCUGUUUUCAAUUACAACAAUUGCUCUUGCCGCGGCCACAUUGGGCGUGGUUCUCAACCGUCUAAAUUCGACGAGCACAACAAAUUCUCUCGACAAUAGUAGACCACUCUCAUUUGCUGAGCAAAUAAAAAUCGAUGAUCUAAUGAAACAUUUAGAGCAACUUCAAGUGAUUGCUGAUCAAAGUAACGGAACACGAGCAAUAGGAACUCGCGGAUUCAAUGGUACACUCGAUUAUAUUACUAAUGAACUUGAACAGAACACAGAUUUAGUUAUUCGGCAUGAGUAUUUUACAGUUCCAAAUUGUGUCGUUCAAGGGACACCACAAUUACAAUCGCAAAUCAAUGACCUUGUCAACAAUCAUGUUUACUUGACAGAUUUCACUCACAUUUUAUUUUCGUCAGGAGCUAAUUUUGAUUCAUUUAUUCGAUUGGUCUCGAUUCCAAAUCUUGGUUGUCUAGAUUCCGAUUGGAUGAGUGUGUUGGCGGCAGACUCUGUCGCUUUGGUCAAACGCGGCAAUUGCACAUUUCCAGACAAGACUCUACUAGCUGAAAAGUACCGUGUGAAAGGACUGCUCAUUUACAACGACGGAACAGCACCAGAUCGUUUCCAAGUGUUUCAGAAUGUGAGAAGUCAUGUGAAUGCAACAAUUCCGGCCUAUUUUCUAUCGUAUAACCUGGGAAUGAGGUUUGUUAAUGCAGCGUCCAAUGUAAGUGCGAAUGCCAGUAUUAUAAUGAAAGUUGAUGUAAGCGACGCAGAAGGAAUCGGAAAUAUUUGUGCUGAUACGCCAACAGGGGAUAAAACAAAAACAAUUGUUGUCGGAUCUCACAGUGAUGGGGUGUUAGAUGGGAGCGGAAUCAAUGACAAUGGUAGUGGCACAGUCGGCAACUUGGUUUUGGCUCUUAAUUUAGCUCGUCUACUUCAGACAUCUUCGUCGAACUACGCCCAAUACCAAUAUCGUGUUCGAUUUUGUUGGUGGGGCGCAGAAGAACUCGGUCUUCUCGGUUCUAUUUAUCAUGUUGACCAGGCCUCCUCGCCUAGCGCGACCAUUGAAAGCGGGCGUUUACAAGAUUAUCUAUUAUAUUUGAAUUAUGAUAUGCUAGCCUCUCCCAAUAGUAAUUUUGGUAUUCUUGACAGUUUAGCAGUUCCACCGGCAACACCCGAACAGGCUCUACCCGGCACUGACCGAAUCACGAAUCUAUUUCAGCAAUGGUUUAAUGAACAGAAACUUCCGUGGAGCAAAUCGGGGGUCGGAGGUGGCAGUGAUUUUGUACCAUUUUUGACGAAUGGUAUAGCUGUUGGCGGGGCAAACACAGGGGCUGGUGGGAUCAAAUCAGCAAGUGAACGAGAUGAAUAUGCAGCGGUGCUGGGAACGGGAAAUGGUGGAAUAGCCAAUGCUGCCUAUGAUUCAUGUUACCAUCAACAAUGUGAUCGGAUAAAAAAUGUGAAUCCGUUUGCAUAUGAGAAAGUUGUUAAAGCGGCUGCUUAUGCUACUGAGUACAUGGGACGAUUGAACGAUUUGGAAAAGUGGCUUUACCCGCAAGGUCGAGCGAAGAAUGUUGAACUGAUCAAUAAAAAUCAGCUCUAUGAUAUUCAUAAUGAUCCUGAUCUUUUUUGA